AUGGUACAUACCGUUCGACUCCUCAAAAAUAAAGCGGGAAUUCUAGAAGAAAAACCUUACAGAGAGAAACAGGAUAACAGAGCAUACAUUCACCACACAUCGGGAGAAGACAGAACCGCCCAUUUCCAAGUAACUCCUCCAUUGCAUGGAUUGCUGAAACGAUACGGUAAGGAAACGAUAACUUUGUUCUACACAUUAGCAAAACUUGAAUUUCAACGACUGAUUAUAUUAUGUGAAGGAAGCGACAAAGUUUGUGGUAAGGAGCAUUUUGCCGUUGCAACUAUGUUGGAAGAGGAGGAGGAUGACACAAGCAUUGCUGGGAGGAAUGAAUUUGAAAAGAAGGAGGAGGAAGAGGAGGAGGAUACUUCAAAGAGGAAUGAAGAAGGGAACUUUCGGAUUCACUACCUAUGUUUGUAUAUGCCUGUAUGGGUAUUCGCUCGCUGA